AUGCCCGUCCCACUGCCCUCCACAACCGACAAGUCUACCUCCUCCGCCGCCGCGCAAACAGCGCAGGAAGUCGAAAAGCCCUCCACUCAAAGCGUAGCAUCUGCCACGCACACCCAGAAGACAGAGGCCGAGCUGGAAGCUGAGAGGCUGUACGAGGAGCGCAUGGAGGAGGAGUAUGCGAAGCGGGAGGGUGGCGCAUAG